AUGACCCUACCCUUGCACAACCGGACCCCCCCUCCUCAAAACCAUCUCGCCCCAAGAGAUUCAACGAACUCAUUAGAAGACCUUUUGCGCAAUGCGGGGGAUUACAAUGGCUCUCAACAUACCCAAGAGACGACCUCAGAGUCAUCCGGUCCAAUAGACCCAUCUGAACUCCCGCUACCUGCUUCCAGACCGCCAUCAACCCAAAUGUCAUGCCAAGGAGAUCAAAUGGUUGAUUCAGCACAGCUUGUUCCCCAUGAAGUAGACGCCACAGGUCCACCAUCAUACGGGGAAAUUAUUCAAAAUGCUGGAAAGGUGCUAGAGCAUAUCAAAAACGGAAAUGUCGGUAAAAAUUCUCGUCACGAGAGGACUUCAAUCACAUACUACGACUAUAUCGGCAACUUCAUAUCCGAGACAGGACACAUCGAUGAUUCAGCGAAUAUUGCAGCCUUGUGUCAUGUUUCAGUAGAUGUGCAGCAAAGGCUUAUAUUUGUGGAAGACCUCUCUAAACCCACGAUAGACAAACUGGGUGAAACCUUCAGCAUCAACCCAGAAUUCUUCGAAGAGCAUUUACUGAAUUCUGGCUAUGCCGGUGGAAAGUACGAUAGUCCACCGGCUCGAAACUGGAGCACAGCAUCUUUUGAAAAAUCCUACAUGUCAUUCAGGUGGAUUCGACCAGUUUAUCGACUUCCGACGUACUUCUCCAGCAGCGAUCUUGGCGAUUUGCUUGAUAAUAGCACAACACACUUUACACGGGGAAAGUCUGUUACGACGGAGAUCCUCACAAAUAUAUUUCGGCUAGAGUGGGGCUUGUGGACAGAUCCCACAAAGACUGUGAGAACGAAAAGGGUGUGUGGUUUAGAGGAGAGAGUGUCAAUUUGGAGAAAAAGGCUCAUUGAUCAAGACACUGAGAUUGUAAUUGUACUUUUUGACCCUUUGCCGGAGAUAUCUGAGACGCAUCAAUACUGGGCACCAAUUGGUUUUCAAGGGCAGAAUAGCGAAGCUGAUGAUAAUUCUGAUGCUGAUGACGACAUGUCGCACUACUACUCCAUGAUUGAAGAGGAACCACAACGUGUCAAGGAUCAACGCUCCCUUGCUAAGUCGUUGAACUGGCUCAUUGGCAAGAAAAAGCGAAAAGGCGACAAACAUGAGAAGAAUCGUGAAGUACUGAAUACAGUUAUCAUCGAUCAGAUUGCUUCUCGCCAAGCAAUCUCAGUCGACCUAGACCGCGUAUUUCAAACAACACAGUCGGUGACAGAUUUGGAGGAAAAACUCAAAGAGACCAAGUCAACCAAAUUAGAGAUAUGUGAUGCUCUCAGGAUGCACCGGGAACCACUAAGUCUGGUAAAGCCGUUGUUCGGAAUCGUCAAGCAAGAUACUAUGACCCUCCUCAACCAGCUGCGACAGGUCCUUGACGAAAUAGAUAUCGAAAUUUUGGAUGAUACGAAGAUGGAGGAUAGACUGGGGCUAUGGCGGCAGAUUAUCAACCGCGCUCAACGAGAGCUUCCAGAGCUGAGAUCUUCUAUGAAGCCUUUCAUUGACUUUCUCAUUGGACUCCAUCCUCUAAGCUCUCCCAUGGAGGUUGCAGCCAUGAGGUUAGAAGUGACGCAAGAUAUGUACGAACUUUGGAAGAAUAUUGAUCACGUUAUGGAUCGACUUCAAAGAACGUCGGCAUCUUUAACUUCCAAUAUGGGUCUGCUAGACAGUCGACGCUCGAUUGACGAAGCUCAUGCUGUGGCAAGACUCACCGAACUCGCAUUCAUCUUUGUCCCGAUGUCUUUCGCGGCCUCUGUUUUUGGCAUGCAAGUUGAACCAUUUGCAGAUCCAGUUCCUCUCAGCAACUUUUUUAUUGUGGCUGUUUUCGUGACAUCAUUUGCAUAUUUGAUGCGUAUGACUAUGCGCAGCCAUUGGUUGGUUGAUCUCAAGGCAGCCGUGAGACAUGAUGCCAGGAGAUACGCAGCAAGAAAUGGCCAACCUUUGCAAGCUGGAGCGCUUCCGAUGCUCCUGGUCUUUCGGUCAAUAGCAACUCGACUGGGUACCAGUACUGCCAGGACUUAUAAAUGGGCUACAAAAAGAAUCAGUUCAGCAGCAGAGAGAUUCUGGGCCGUGUUCGGCUUCAUAACCAGCUUUGUUUUGUUGAACGGAAUGGCUUCGGGGAUACCACUCGCUGUCCUCUGGACGUGCGGGCUUGAUACCGAUAUCCAGUAUGCUGUCACCAUCCCUAUUGUUCUCGUUGUUAUAGUCGUUGUGGGAGUUCCAUUCUGGUUCAGAUCCAAACCGAAGUUUCGGAACGCAUUACCAGACUUUAUCAUGGACGGGGUGCGUCACGCGCCUCUCUGGGUUAGAAUGACCUUGAUAUAUCUGAUCUUGACCGCGACAUUUAUUGUGGUGCCUCUGGCACUCAUCUGGAUACGCCCACUAGCUACUGGCAUCAAGACCGGCCUGACCGUGGGAGUUGCGAUGGUUAUGAUUCUAGUUGUGCUAAUUGUCACCCUUUUUGGGGCCUGGGGGCGGAAGCCUGUCUAUUCCAUUGCACGACAUACUUGA